CGGCUGAGCCCGACCUGGAGCGCUGAGGGCGGCGGUGGCGGCUGCAGGUGAAAAAGAGGCGACGGGGCGGGGAGCGGUCUCUGAGGGUCUCCUGGAUGGUGGAGCAUGGACCCAGUUGCUGCCCACAGCUGCCACCUUCUCCAGCAGCUGCACGAGCAGCGGAUUCAAGGCCUGCUCUGCGACUGUAUGUUGGUGGUGAAAGGAGUCUGCUUUAAAGCCCAUAAGAACGUUCUAGCAGCUUUCAGCCAGUACUUUAGGAGCCUUUUUCAGAACUCUUCAGGCCAGAAGAAUGAUGUUUUUCAUUUGGAUAUUAAGAAUGUGAGCGGCAUCGGGCAGAUCCUGGACUUCAUGUACACGUCGCAUCUGGAUCUUAACCAGGACAACAUCCAAGUCAUGCUGGACACAGCCCAGUGUUUGCAGGUUCAGAACGUCCUCAAUCUGUGUCACACCUUUUUGAAGUCAGCCACCGUCGACCAGCCUCCAGGCCUGCCCUGUCACGGCACCUUCUCCCUGCAGAGCACCCUGACUCCCGACACGAACUGUGUCCUCAAUGAAAACUACCCGCCUCACUUGCUGCCCGAGUGCCCCGCGGGCGUCCAGCAGGGCAGGGCCGUGGAGGAGUCACACUCUCACGCUCCAGCCUCAGUUGGUCUUCAUCCCCCCACGGCCGAAACCUCCAAACAAGCCCCCGACCCGUUCGAUGGCAGCUGCACAGAACUGCCUUUCAAACAGCCCAACUGUUACUACAAGCUCAGAAACUUGUACAGUAAGCAGUACUAUAAACACGCUGGCUGUCCCAGUCAUGAGCGCGUGACCGAGCAGCCUUUCACCUUCAGCACCUCUGCGGACCUUCACGCCGCAGAUCGCCAGCCCUGUGCGGUCAGCCACACUGACUGUGUCCUGGAGUCCUCCCAGCACCUGCCUUCCAACUUCCUGGCCCAGCCUUUGGGUGAAAAUGCCCCAGACACCACGUCCGACCAUGCUGGCCAGCAGCCUACCCGGCAGAUGAGGCUCAAGAAGGCCGUUCACCUUAAGAAGCUCAACUUCCUAAAGUCACAGAAAUCUGCAGAGCAAACCUCUGAACCAAAACCUGAUAAUAGUUUAACCAAGAGGCUGGAAGCUGCCAGGGAACACACUGUGGAGAAAGUGAACAGCCCCAGCGCUGAAGAAAAGGAAAGUGAGGAACUCAGCAGUUCUGAGAACUUUAAUGGCGUGAGUGAGAUGGAGAGGCCCGAAGACCCCGAGGCCCUGGAAGACCAGACCCAGAUGCCACAGUCACAGAGACAGUACGCGUGUGAAUUGUGUGGGAAACCUUUUAAACACCCCAGCAAUUUGGAGCUGCACAGACGGUCUCAUACAGGUACACUGAUUUGGUCCCUGCAGGCAGAAGGAAAGGAAAUAAUACCAGACCGUCAGACACCACUGCCUGCUCCCGUUUUUGCGGGUAACUUGCAGACUCACUUACGUCGGCAUUCUGGGGAGAAGCCGUACAUCUGCGAGAUCUGCGGGAAGAGGUUUGCAGCCUCGGGAGAUGUCCAGCGUCACAUUAUCAUCCACUCAGGAGAAAAGCCACACUUGUGUGACAUCUGUGGUCGAGGGUUCAGUAACUUCAGUAAUUUGAAGGAGCACAAAAAGACGCACACGGCUGACAAAGUCUUCACCUGCGAUGAGUGUGGGAAGUCUUUCAACAUGCAGAGGAAGUUGGUAAAGCACAGAAUCCGACACACGGGUGAGCGGCCUUACAGCUGCUCGGCUUGUGGGAAGUGUUUCGGAGGGUCGGGCGACCUCCGCAGGCACGUGCGCACGCACACCGGGGAGAAGCCGUACACGUGCGACGUGUGUAACAAGUGCUUCACCCGCUCGGCCGUGCUGCGGCGGCAUAAGAAGACGCACUGCCGGGCGGGCGACGAGGCGCCGGACGCCCUGGAGGCGCUCGCGCGGGCCAUCGAGGCCCCAGACCUGGAGCGGUCCCAGAGCUCGGACUCCUUCUCCCAGGACUUGUCCGUGCCUCUGAUGCCCGCCGUGACCGUCAGAAUCCCCGCGCACCCGGCAGACGAGGACACGGUGGCGGAGUUUGACAGCCCCUGUAAGUUCCGGCCGGUGGCUCAGCCCCCUCACGGGCCGAGCGAGCCCGAGAAGCUCAGCCUGGAGCCCGUGAAGCUGGCCAAGCCCCCGCACGUGCCGCCGGCGCAGCACCAGGCCUACGGCUACCCGGACGUGGACGCCCCGGCCAGCGCCGAGCCGCUGCAGGCCGACGGCGUGGCUGCCCUGCGCUCGUCCCUGGCGGCCCUGGACCACCCCCCCUGCUCCGACCCUCUGGGCAGCCGCGCCGCCGCCCCCGCCUACAGGAACUCAGAGGGCCAGUUCUUCUCCAGCAUGACCCUCUGGGGACUGGCGAUGAAGACGCUGCAGAACGAAAGCGAGCUAGACCAGUGAGGCCCCCGCUGCGUCUCACUCAGCGUCAGGGGCCGGGCUUCGGGGCGGGACACCUUCUGACCGGCUCGAGACAGAGCCCGACCCUGACCUGGUGGGGCUGAGCAUCCCAGCACCUUGAGCUCAGUGUGCGGGAGAAAGCCUCCUGGCCCCUCCGGGAGGUGCACGUGGACGGAACAAACCUCACGAACCAGGUGGUAUGAACUGCGGGGAACUCCUGCCCAUUUUGGUCAUGGUAAAGGGAAAAUACACACCUAUAAUAAUCCAGAUAUUAUUUUUGCAUUUUUACAUGGUGAAAUUUGUAGCAUUUUGUAUUUUUAUUUACAAAAAGAUUUUAUUUGUAUAGGGAACUCAUACAAUAAUUUAAUUUGAAUAAAUGGAAGUUGCCUUUCUGC